UGAUGAAUUGAGUGUCCGCUCAGAUGUUCACAACACGCGCACAGCUGUGACGUUUGUCUGUUUAGCAAAACUGCUCUUGCAACAUUGCUGGUUCCGCUGAGAGGACUUAAAAACAUCGUGAUCUGGGAUAUACUGAUGCAUUUUUCAUCAAGAUAUACAGCGACCUUAUGAAGAAUCAUAUUGUAAUGUUUCUUCCGUUUCGAUAUGCUGCUUUUUGUGUAAAAAAUACUUUUUAGUGAGAAUGAAGCUGAAGAGGAGCAUAUUGCUUCUGGCACGCUAGUUGCUAUUUUUCUUUCGCCAACAGAUUUAACGCGUAUCGUGUGCUAUUGCAGUAAAACUCGGAUUCGUGUAAUGAUCUCGAUGUUCGGAUCGAGUGGUAGAUUAGCUGUGUCUCUGAUUUUUGCUUUUGUCAGCGUGUUUAUAUUGUGUGAAUAUGUGAUAUAUUAUCCUGUCAUUAUGCGUUGCUCAUGGCCGCAUAUUGAAACUGAAGAUUCACAUUCACCUUUGCGGGCGUUAUUUCUAUCUGAUACUCACUUAUUAGGGGCCAUCAGAGGACACUGGCUCGACAAACUCAGAAGAGAAUGGCAGAUGGAAAGAGCGUUCCAGACGUCUCUCUGGCUUCUAAAUCCAGAAGUUGUCUUCAUUCUAGGAGACGUAUUUGAUGAGGGCAAGUGGAGCUCCAGUCAGGACUGGGAAGAUGAUGUCAGACGUUUUAAACGGAUCUUCCGUCAUUCUAGUGACACAAAGCUUGUGGUUCUUAUAGGGAAUCAUGACAUCGGCUUCCAUAACGAAAUGACUAAACAGAAGUUGGAGCGGUUUGAGCAAGUAUUUAAUGUGACAUCAGCAAGGAUCCUCACCAUUAGAGGAGUCAAUUUCUUGCUGGUGAAUAGUGUCGCACUACAUGGUGAUCACUGCCCCAUCUGCCAACGUGUGGAGGAAGAGUUACACAAACUCUCAUAUGCGCUUAACUGCUCUUUCCAGGGUGCACAGCAUGAUGGCCAGUGCAAGCACACAGAGAAUUUUGCCCCAACAGCACCUAUUCUACUACAGCAUUACCCUCUGUAUAGAGAGAGUGAUGCCAUGUGUACAGAUGUAGACGCAGCCCCUCUGGAUGAACGGUACCAGCUGUUUCGGGAGCGCUAUGAUGUUAUAUCUAAGAGUGCCUCCAAAAAGCUCUUGUGGUGGUUCAAGCCACGCCUCAUUCUGAGUGGCCACACUCACAAUGGCUGUGAGGUACUACAUGAGAAACUCUACCCUGAGAUCAGCGUCCCGUCCUUCAGUUGGAGGAACCGAAAUAACCCCAGCUUCAUCCUGGUCUAUCAUCUCUAGUCACACAUCAGUCAUCUUCAGUUAGCAUGUGUCCCAUCCCAUGUGGCCUUCUGGAGACUGAGACUGUCCUGAGACUGAGAUGGGCCAGCCCCCCUCGCAGGCGCAGUCCCAGAUACUAACUCGUUGUAUGCGGGGAAAGCGGGCUGAGAGCGCUCUGAAAUAUCAUCGUUCUCAUCAGCCACAUCUUGCUCAUCAUGGCUUGAAGCAAGGAGUGUGCUCAUUGCCGGAUCAGAUGAUGUAAGAGAUAAUACUCAUCAUCUGGCAGCUCACUCUCAACAGCCGCGAAAGAAUGAGAAAUGUUCAUACCUCUCUCGAAUUCAUCCGCUCCAUCUGAGAUCCCCACAACUUCAGUCUCCUACUCGCCUCGGCAGCAGUUGGUCCAGAACCGCGAGGCACAGAUGGCUGGCCCGAUUCCCUCGAGAAAAGGGCCAGACAAGAGCAAAGCUUCCUAAUAGGAAGGUGCUCACAAAGUACACAAACAGCCAACUACACAAACACAAACUAUCAAUUAAAAACUUAACAGUACAGUUCCAGUCCCCUCCUAACACUAACCAAGUAUUAUCAUCAAAUUUUUGAAGUGCUUUAUCUAUCAAAUUCUCUUACUCUUUCCAACCCCUUAUUUGGAGCAUACACAUUCACUAUACAACAAAAACAUGGUCCCCAUACUGUACUUUUAGUAAUAGCACCCUUCCUUUUUCAAUCUCUUCAGUAUAUAAAAUAUUGACAUUCAAGCCUUUUUUAAAGGGGGGUAUCACACAGUUUCUGCCAAUCUAAUGUAAAUCUUGAGUACCUAUAGAGUAGUAUUGCAUCCUUCAUAUCUCCGAAAAGUCUUUAGUUUUAAUCAUAUUUAUAAAAGAUACAUACACUGUACAGAGUCUUUCCGAAAAAAGCAGAGCUCUUGGAGGCGUGCCUGCCAUGGGCAGAGCUGAAGAGACACAAGCACGCACAGCUUUUGUGUAAAGAUCGUCUGCAAGCUGUGACAUCAUUAUAAAUAAAAAGAGAACAAAAAAUGUUUGUGUUAUUUACAUUCUAUGCACUUGCGUGCUGAUUGCCAACAAAACACAGAAAUCUGAUAGAGUUUUACUCACCACUUGCGAUCUGCAAAUCCAGCACCGAACUGGGACUUGUUUACAAAGCAUUCAUCACCGAAAUUACAGGAACAAAGAUAAAAAAAUAUUUGCCAGUUAUCUGUGCAUUUAAACAAUACCCUUACAGACAAAUCUUCCUUGACUAACUCUUAGAGCUCCAUCCAAGGAUAACACUACCUAUUAUUUGAUGAGUUUAAUCAAUCCUACCACCACAGGAAAUUAUUUAAAAUAACUUACCUGUGAUCAAGGAUGAUCUCUCAGUUCCCAUUUCCAUUUUUCUUGGUAAUAUCCCGGACGAGCCCCCAAACUCUUUUCCUUUUGGCUCAGUUAGAUCCAUACUUCACUGAACGGUUUAGGGGUGCAUUUUCAAUUACUGUUUGUAAACACAACAUUCAAACUUGGCCCCUCCUUGCAGGGAGAACACUGCCAGAAGCGCACACCCGUUCCCCGAUGUCAUAUCAGUUGCACACACAGAAAAACUGACUCAAGAGAUUACCUAUGGAAAGAUGAGUAAUAAGCUGUUUUGCAAAUCAAUUUCUUUUUUAAAUAUUUAUCAUGCAUAAAUAGCAUUUUUUUGUGUACAUGAAUGAACAGUUUAGUUAAUAUUUAGAUGACAAGUUGUUAUUUGCGAGCGAGUUUAGCCAUCUUCAGUCUAAGUCGCUAAUAAAAAAAAAAAAAGUAAAACCUUGUCAUUGUAAAAACUA